GGCAGUUUUGUGUUACGCGUUUGUAGUUUUUUCAACUAUCGUUUCACGUUUGCAUGGCCUUUGCUUUUUUCCUGCAGCUUGAGACAUAUCAGGCUUGUGUUUAUGUUGAAAAAAAUUUCGAACUUUGUGACAUAUACUUGGCAGCCGCUGACGUUGUAAAAAAGCUGGUAUCUACUCGAGAUGAGAGUAAGAUAGUGGAUAAUAUUACACUCUACUGCAACAAAGAUAAUACGAUUGAUGGUUAUUGUCAAGUUACAAGCACUUCGGAUAUAGUUUCUGGCUGCGUGAUUCAAAUUGUUCUAAAUGAUAAAAUUCAAAUUGAAAGACAAGUACAAGUUGUCGGUCACAAUUUUCAAGUACACAGUUAUCGAUCACCACAUUUUUGUGAUUAUUGUGGGGAAGUAUUAUUUGGUUUGGUACGUCAAGGUCUACGCUGUUCGGGUUGUAGUCAAAAUUUUCACAAAAAAUGCGCGUACAAAAUACCCAACACAUGUACUGGUAUAAGUACUAGAUCAAGUUUAACGAAACAAUCCAGUUUUGAAAUAAAUAACCAAUCAUCGUCCAAUUUGUCAAAAACUACCGUCCAAUCGCAUUCUCUUCAUGGAAAUGAAGACCAAUCUCUCUCAGUUCAGUUUCAGAAAAAUAAAACUCAACGAUCUUUAGAUACCGGUUUGGAGAGCAAGCCAACUGAUUUGAAAAGUCACUUAAAUCAUGAAGCUAAUGAUCAUGAUCCCAGUAAUACAACAAUUCAAAGGUAUAAGACAAUUAUUAAAAUUGGUCAAAUUCAACCAAUCAAUACAUCACCUCUUAGAAAAAGUAGUAUACUAUUAGGCAAACCAUUAUGGAGUCAACAAGUUAUUGAAAAACCACUUGAAGUUCCGCAUACAUUCGAGUUGAGACGAAGUGCUAAGCCUAUUGUUUGUCAAAACUGUCAUCGUUUAUUACACGGAUUAUUUCGGCAAGGUUUACAGUGUAAAGACUGUAAAUUAUGGGUACAUAAGAAAUGCGCCACAUCGAUACCGAACAAUUGUGAUGGUGAACAAUUUUCUCAAGAAGACAAUCCCAUCAAAGAUACACAAUCAAGAAAUUCCUCCUCACUAUCAAUAACAACAUUGUUAGGAGUACAAGAUCCAACGGCAUUAUCAUCAUCAUUAUCAUCCACAUCAUCGUCAUCAAGUGGACCAAGUAAAUUUAAAAAACGUUUAUUUCUUCGUGGACAGACAGUUAGUGCUAUUAAUUCUCAAACUACGAAUGAACAACAACAACAACCAGAAACACCAUCAAUCGAUCAAAAACAAAACAGAUUUUUACAUACAACACAAAAACAAGUAACUGAAGAAAAUCUAUGCUCACCAUCAAAAAAUGAACUGACAGAAAUUCAACCACAUUUUGUAGAACCAACAUCAAAAUUAUUAUCUUCAUCAAAUUCUUCCACUGAUAAUAAAUUAAUCCAUUCUACUGAUGUAAAAAAUAUUCAGUCAACAAUUGAAGAACGUAAAGCACAUUUUCGUGCACAACAUCAAAUUAAACAACUAUGUGAACCGGAUAUGAAAUUUAAUGAUUUAGUUAAAUCAGCUGAUACCGAUCCACAGAGCAAUGAAAAUGUUGAUCAGACAACUCAUUUACAAAUGGAUUUACAUAACUUAUCAACUGAUUUAAGGAGUUCAAUUGAAAGACCUUUGGUAAAGGUUAAUCCAUUGUUAUGUGGACAACGAAAUAUUCCAUUGAUGCGUGUAGUUCAAUCAGUUCGUCAUACUAAACGUUCUGGAAGUAGUUUAAUCAUUAGAGAAACUUGGAUGGUUCAUAGAACUAACAAGGAUCCAGUUUUGCGUCGACAUUUUUGGCGUCUUGGAACUAAAUCAAUAACAAUGUUUUAUCAUGAGAAAACAAACCGUUAUUUCAAGGAACUUAAUUUAAACGAUAUCAUUUGUUUGGAACCAGCCGGUACAAAUCCUUAUCCAUGGUGUCAUCCAAACACUUCUCAGGCUACUACUACUACUACUACUACAAUAGCCACAACAAAUAAUUGUCCAAAUAUUAUUAAUAAAAAUAUAAAUGAUUGUGAUACUCGUUUAAAGUUAUUGAAUCUUAAUGAAUUCACUACAAGGUUAAUUAAAAAUAGUAAUAACGAUAUAAAAUUAGAUAAUUCACCUAUUAUACCAGAUCAUGUGUUUGAAUUACGUUGUGUUGAUGAUUUAAUUUAUUAUGUUGGUCAGUUAGGUUAUAUGGAAAGUUUAGAUAAUGAAAAUGAUACUUCAUUAUUGUUUAAAUUACAUUCUCGGCGUAAAUCACAUUUUCCAGCAUUGCCAUCAGCUGUAUCUUAUGUACGUAAAGCUUCUGCUCCACUGUAUGGUUUAGUAUAUUUACCUGAACCACCAUUACAGCCACCGUUAUCAUCAUCAUCAUUAUUGACUACAGAUAUGAAAUCAUCUAAUUUCUUAAAAGUUGAUUUAUCUCAAUGUAUGAAAACUCAAAUGACUGGUAAUUGUAUACAAGAAAAUUCCAUAAGUGAUGGUUGUUAUCGUGCAGCGAUUCUUCCACCACCUCCAGGAACUGGUUUAGAUUUAGCAAAACAUUUAGAAACAGCUAUACGUCAAUCAAUGCUACCUUUAACUUCAAGAACAAGUUCACAGAAAAAUAUUACAAUCAACAAUGUAAAUUAUCAAUCUACAAAAAAAAUGCAACAACAAGGAGAUAAAGAAAUCUUGGAACAGACUCAUGGUGCACAAAAAUCCAUGACUUCAUCAAUUACAAAUAAUAAAUUUAUUAUACCAAAACUUAUGACAAUUAAUUCAUCAAUAUGUAAAGAUCCAGUCAACAUAUCAGAGUGUUCACAAAUUUGUAAUGAAGAAGUUGAUGAAAAAACUACGGAAAUAUCAGAUUUAGAAAAAGCUGAAGAAGAUGAUGAUGGUACAGGGAGUUCAAUAAGUGCUUUUAUUGAAAGUAAACAACCUAGUGAUAAUGUUCAAGCAUUGUAUGAAAUAUUUCCAGAUGAAGUUUUAGGCUCUGGACAAUUCGGUAUUGUUUAUGGAGGUAUACAUCGUAAGACGAAACGUGAAGUGGCCAUUAAAGUUAUUGACAAAUUACGAUUCCCUACUAAAAGAGAGGCGCAACUAAAGAAUGAAGUAUCCAUUCUGCGUAAUCUUAAUCACCCUGGAGUGGUAAAUCUUGAAAGAAUGUUCGAAACACCAAAGCGCGUAUUUGUGGUAAUGGAAAAACUAGCAGGUGACAUGCUGGAAAUGAUCCUUGGAUCGCCACAAGGUCGACUGACAGAACGAGUUACGAAAUACCUGGUGACACAAAUACUAGUUGCUUUGCGAUAUCUCCACCUGCGAAGCAUAGUACAUUGUGAUCUCAAGCCAGAAAAUGUCCUACUGGCUAUACCACCUAACACAGAUGUGAAUAAUAUGGGACUCCCAGAAGUUUCUCAGGUAAGAUGUGUAAGAACCUCGGAUAACACCUAUGCCAUUAAAAAAUGGCAGCAUAAGCAAGCAUACGUUGCGGUGGUGAGCAGGUGAUUACACCGACCGUAAUACGGCCACUCAAAUGUCAUCCAAAGCAGCACAAAUACCACGUCGCUUCACCCCGCAGAAACAAGAACAGAUUGCCGUCAUGUGUUUAUGUGCAACCAAAUUAAAUUAUCUAUGGUCAAAAGAGCAGGAAACUGCUCUCCUUGAAACUUAACCCCCAUCCCAUUUUUUUCUAUUUACAGAGUGUAGCUCAACAGUUUCCCCAGAUCAAGCUGUGCGACUUUGGAUUUGCAAGGAUUAUAGGCGAUAAGUCCUUCAGGCGAUCGCUGGUUGGUACACCAGCAUACCUAGCUCCUGAAGUACUGAAAAACCGUGGAUAUAACCGAGGGAUCGACAUGUGGUCUGUUGGAGUGAUACUUUAUGUAAGGUAAAUCAGAUUAUGUCGAAUCUAGUUAACGUGCCUGAAAUUGGUAGUCUUAGUGGGACAUUCCCGUUUAAUGAAGAGGAGGAUAUAGCCGAACAAAUAGAAAAUGCCGAAUUUAUGUAUCCAAGUGACCCGUGGGACAACAUAUCUGAAGACGGUAAGACCCACUUUAGGAAAUAUAUGUAUUCUUAUAAGCCAUACACCUAAUAACACAUUUGCUGCAAGUACGUCUCCGAAACCGAUUCUCCGUUGAGAGAAGCCUUAACCACAUUUGGAUGCAGGUAAGCUCAUUCAAUACGCAACUAAAAGCGAUUAAAUUUACGGAGGUAUAAGUACCCGCCAGCUCAACUCUUAAUCUAAAAUAAACCAACUUGAUUUCUAAAACUGAGCUUUACCGUUUUGACAGGACUACAUAUGUUGGUGCGAUUUACGUCGGUUGGAAGCCACACUCUCAAAUGAAAGUCGGUUUCUUACUGCAAAUGCAGAUGAUGCACGGUGGGAAAGAUAUCGUGAAAAGUGGAACAGCGAGAUUGAUGCAGAACCAAGGAACCGUGUUUCCGAUCAGACGUCAUGCAAGCUUCCUACAUGGAAGGAACUCGCUUGGAGAACUGACAUAAAUUUUUAGCUCAUAUACUUGCAACCAAAUGAACUUGUACGAAACCCAUUGUGAUAUAAUAAAAAACUUUUAAUGAUUG